AUGCUCGAGGAAUGUCUCCUGGCACUCCUGAGACAGCCUCUUCCGUCUCCGUUACUAGAUCUUCCUGUUCAAUCGUUUGAGGAUCCUUUGGGAGAUCCCAAAAUGGAGCCUCUCCCCUUCCGAGUUUCAAGCUCGGAUCAAUCAGAGACUGAUCCUGAGCAGAACAUGACCUUCAAGGACGAACCCAUCGUCGUUGCAUCUUUCUAUCACGACCAAUGCGACGAUGUUUCUUUGACCUCCUCCUCAGGCUGGAGUCGCACAAAUGUGGCAGAGAGGAUUCCUCGAUUCAGACCGUACCAAGACAAGAAGUGGAAAUCGUCUUUCCAAAGGCUCAUCAAUUUCAAGAACGAGUUCGGACAUUGCUGUGUUCCACACUCGUACUCAGCCGACGCUGCUCUUGCUCGAUGGGUGAAGAGACAGCGCCACCAAUACAAUAAAUUCAUUGGCAACAAUGGCUCUUCUACUUUGACCACCAGUCGUCUCGAACAGCUCGAGUCGGUUGGCUUUGUAUUUCACUCACACGCGGCUGCGUGGUUCGAAAGGAUCGACGAACUCAAGGAUUUCCAGCAAUCCAGUGGUCAUUGCAAUGUCCCAUCGACUUACCCUGAGAAUCCCGCUUUGGCCACAUGGGUAAAGUCGCAACGACGCCAAUACAAGUUGCGUGUAUCCGGAUUGCAAUCGACAAUGACCAUGGAUCGAUUUGGUGUACUGCAUUCGAUGGGCUUUUUGUUUGAGCCACGACUGGCAGCGUUUGAGAAUGCACAGCUGGAAAUGAAAACACGCAAAAAGAACGUCAAAUCUUUUGGUCCUAGCCGAAAGGUACUACGACCACUCUAG